AGAAGCACACACGUACGGCCUCAACCAUGCUUUGCAAGAACACCAUGGCCUCCCUUGUCUUCCUUGUGGCGCUGCUGCUCUCAUGCAGCUCCAUGAGCAGUGCGGCACGGUACCUAGAGGAGGUUGUGCCCAAGAAGGAGUAUCCACCACAUCCUAUCGUCCCAGAGCUGCCAAAGCCCGAACUCCCGCCGCACCCUGCCGUGCCUGAGCUGCCGAAGCCUGAACCACCGCACUCUCUCGUGCCCGAAGUGCCACACCCCAUGGUGCCGGAGACGCCAAAGGAGCCUGAAGUGUCACACCCCGUGGUGCCGGAGGUGCCAAAGCACGAGCUGCCACCGCACCCUGCUAUGCCCGAGAUCCCGAAGCCUGAACUGCCGCAUCCGGUUGUGCCUGAGGUGCCAAAGGAGACUGAAGCGCCACACCCAAUCGUACCGAAGGUGCCAAAGGACCACGAUCUGCCACACCCUGCCGUGCCGGAGACGCCAAAGGGGCCUGAAGUGCCACACCCCGUCGUGCCAGAGGUACCAAAGGAGCACGAGCUGCCGCACCCUCCCGUGCCAGAGGUGCCAACGGAGCCCCAUGUGCCACACCCUGAGGUGCCGAAAGAGCCCGAGUUACCGCACCCUGUUGUGCCAGAGGUCCCGAAGCACGAAAUGCCGCCGUUCCCCAAAGCCGAGCUGCCCCCGAAGCCCGAGUUCCACUUUCCGGAGCCAGCGGCCAAGCCAUGAUAGGACUAGCUACAUCCGCGCAAUGCCCGUUAUCUAAGUAUUAAAACUAUAGACUAUACAUGUGUGUGUGUGUGUGUGUGUGUGUGAGAGAGAGAAAGAGAGAGAGAGAGAUUUGUUAUAGACUUAUUUGCAUGUGUGUGUUGUACAUGUCGUUAGAGCUUGCGCUCUAGUUCCCGACGAGAGCGUCAAGUCUGAGUGGUGUUGCAUGGUGUAGCUGCUCAACAUAUUCCCUACUUCACUUUGCCUGUAUGCACGAUGUAUAUGAUAUCUACACAUGAAUAAAUAUAUUUCAUUUUUUGA